GAGGUGCCUGACUAGUUUGAUGAUUCAGGAUGUGUUAAAAGGACAGUCUUUGACCUAGGAGCUCUGCAGAGCCACAAACAGAAAGUACAGGCAGACGAACAGGGAGAAAAUUAUUAGUCUCUGUACUCUCACUCUCUACACUCUCAUAAUGGCUGAAGAACUGAACCUUGCCAGUUGUGAUUUGGAGUUUAAGUACAACAACGAGGAACAUCACACUGACCUUCACGGGGUGGACCGCCUGAUCGUUCGGCGGGGUCAGCCGUUCGCCAUCACCCUGCACCUACGAUCCGGAACCCUCCAGCCCGGGGUCAGCGCCUUCCAGCUCAUCGCCGAGACAGGGCCAACCCCUGAAGAGAAAUGGGGUACCAAGGCAACCUUCGGUCUGACCGACACCAUCAACAAAAAAUGCUGGAGUGCAUCAGCGUCGUGUUCUCCUGGAAACAUCGUCUCCCUGCUUAUCUGUCCAUCCCCGAAAGCUCCCAUUGGACGCUACUCUUUGACCUUGGACCAUGGACACAAGGUCAAACUGGGAGAGUUUGUACUGCUUUUCAACCCCUGGUGUGCACGAGACGUAGUGUACAUGGAAGGUGAAGAGAUGAGGAAGGAGUACAUCCUGUCCCAGGACGGUCUUAUUUACAGGGGUACCCCUAAGUGCUUCAACAUUCUCCCCUGGAAUUUUGGUCAGUUUGAACCUGGGAUCCUGGACAUUUGCCUGAGAAUCCUGGACGAGAACCCCAAACACUUGCGGAACCCGGGGAAGGACUGCUCAGGGAGACGGAACGCCGUGUACGUGACCAGAGUUCUCAGCGCCAUGAUCAACUGUAACGGCGACAGAGGGGUUCUGCAGGGAAACUGGUCAGGAGACUAUGAGGACGGCACGUCCCCCUCAUACUGGAACAGCAGUGUUCCGAUUCUGCAAGAAUGGAAGUCCAGUGAAUGCUGUGCGGUUUGCUAUGGGCAAUGCUGGGUGUUCGCGGCUGUGGCAUGCACAGUGUCCCGUGCCCUGGGGAUCCCGUGUCGCGUGGUCACAAACUUCGAGUCGGCCCACGACACCAACAGCAACCUCCUGAUCGAGUACUACUACACCGCGGACGGAGAGAACGAAGGCGACGAUUCCGUUUGGAACUUCCACGUGUGGGUGGAAUCCUGGAUGACGCGCCCCGACCUCGGCCUCGGGUACGAGGGCUGGCAAGUCAGCGACCCCACACCCCAGGAGAAAAGCGAAGGUGUCUACUGCUGUGGCCCCAUCCCACUGAAAGCCAUCAAACAGGGGGAGCUCACCCUGAAGUACGACGCCCCCUUUGUAUUUGCGGAGGUCAACGCCGACGUGGUCAAAUACAUGACGUUAAACGAUGGUCGAAAGAUCAAAUUCGGUGGGUCAACAACCCGUGUGGGCCAGUGCAUCAGCACCAAGUGUGUGGGCAAGGACAGCAGGGAAGACAUCACGCACCUCUACAAGUACCCUGAAGGUUCGGAGGAGGAGCGGAUGGUCUUCGAGAAAGCCAGCCACCACAACAAGCUGCGCGAGGAAGGGCUGGAGCCAGGCCUGAAGCUCAAGAUCAAGGUGUCCCCGGACAUGAAGAGGGGCUCCGACUUCGACGUGUUCGCCGUCAUCGCCAACAACACACCCGUGGCCAAGACCUGCCGCCUCAUGUACCACGGCAGGGGCGUGACCUACAACGGGAAGCUGCGGGGCGCCUGCGGACUGACGGACAUUUCUGACCUGCAGGUCGCGCCCGGGGAAGAGAAGAGCCUCCCCCUCAGCAUGUGCUAUGGCAACUACAACUCAGUGAUUACCCAGGAUGCCAUGAUCCGCCUGAUGGCCAUUCUCAUUGACGACGAUACCAAGGAGAUGUUCAACAAAACCAGGACAAUAGUCCUGGAGGACCCAGAAAUCAACAUCAGGAUCCUGGGGGAACCUAAAGAGAACCGGCAGCUGACGGCAGAGCUCUCACUGCAAAACCCUCUCCCUGAGCCCCUGAUGAAGUGCACCUUCUCUGUGGGAGGAGCCAAUCUGACAGACGGGAAGACCAUCACUGAGACGGUUGAAAGUGUAGGACCCAGGGAGACCACCACGGUUAAGAUACGUUUCACGCCUACCUACGUGGGACUGAGAAAGCUGGUGGUGGAUUUCAGCAGCGACAAGCUGAGCAAUAUCAAGGGAUACAAGAACGUUAUUGUAGGAAAAUGAAGCACAAGGGCAGCCCUACUCUAUGACUGUAAUUUCUUGGUUAAUCAUUAAUAUUCAUACUUUAUUAAUAUAUUCAAAUUCUUGCAUUCAUAUUUUUCUGAUUCCACCAGCAAUUGACUGACAAGGCUUUCCUUUUUUUAAAAAGUCAAACACGCUUGUUAAUAAUAAGAUAAACAAAGCCACUGUGUGUCCUAACAAAACAGAACCUGAUCAGAGCAAUUCAAAGUUCUGUUGGUCUUUUCUCUUUAUCAUAAACAUGGAAAACACCUUGUUGAAUUACGUGAAAGAGGGAGCUUCUCUUUUACACAGAACAUUAACUCUGCACUUGAAUAAAGGUUAGUAACAGAAA